GUUCGCUUUAUGAUUACUCUAUAUAGAUGUUGGUUGCUUAUGGUUUGGCAUGGCGGGUUCACUUGAAUCGUUUGAAUGUUUGAUGUUUGGUUAAGUUUGACAGAUUGAUAUAAAUAAAAAGUAAUUCAUAGAAAAAUCGUUCUCAUACUUGUACUUGUUGUUAUGCUAUUAAACAAAAAAUGUUUGAAACAAAUGAAAUAGAGGGUUUAUUUCCUGAAGAUGAAUAUGAAAAUCAUCUGUCUACCAUCAAUAAGUCUACGUUACAACAACUUCAACUCUCUUUACCCAGUGCCUCUAAUAUAACAACAAAUGUCCUGCUGAACGAUGUUUGGAAAAGCAAUCAAGAGUUGAUGACUGCUGAUACUAUCAAUCAUAUUCUUAGUUCUGCUAACAUACUUGUGCAAAACGCUGAUACGAGUCAGAUGAAAACAUGGAAAAGUAGUUUAAGCAAUUAUGAUCUUCAAUCUCUUAUGGAACAAACAAUACCAAGUUGCGAACAAUGCAACUCCAGUUCGAAAGGAGACAUAAAUCAGUUUCUAAUAAACAAAUGUAUGUGUGACUUAGGCUUAGAGGAAACUACAGAUAAAACUUCAAAACAAACACACAACACAGAAACAAAAAGUAAUUCCUAUUUUGUUAAGAACUUGAAUGUAGACAGUUCGAGUCAGGAGUCAAGGUCUGGGGAGGAUCAGAAACAGGUAUUUAAGCCAAGGUUUAGUAGACCAAAACCUUGUAAAACUGUUGGUCAACCGCAGCCAACAAUGUCCAGUACUCCUAUAGCUGAGGAAGCGGACUUUGAAAAGGAAGAAGAAGAGAAUAAGGCACACAAGAGUAAUGUGGCUAAGAUCAUGUUCAAGACUGCUAAAGAAACCUUGCUAGCCUCUAACCCUGCUGCCAAGAGGACAUUGGGAACCUCCAGAAAAGCUCAGGCUAAGUUUGUGUCACCUAUGAUUGGAGCUCAGGAUAAGCAGGAGACUGUAGAGCCUGAGGUGACAGAUGAGCGCCUCAAACACAUUGAUCCUAAAAUGAUUGAACUAAUUGAAAGUGAAAUUAUUGACAAAGGAACUCCAAUAGGUUGGGAUGACAUAGCUGGUCUACACCUAGCCAAGUCAGUGAUACAAGAGGCAGUUGUGUGGCCUCUGCUCCGGCCUGACAUUUUCACAGGGUUGAGACGGCCACCUAAAGGGAUUCUCUUAUUCGGACCACCUGGCACGGGGAAAACUUUAAUUGGUAAAUGUGUAGCUGCGCAGUGUAAUGCGACAUUCUUCAGCAUCUCUGCGUCAUCGCUCACUUCCAAAUGGAUAGGUGAUGGAGAGAAGAUGGUGCGCGCGCUCUUCGCCGUCGCCAGGUGUCACCAACCUGCUGUAAUAUUUAUAGACGAGAUAGACUCUCUGCUGACCCAGCGCAGCGACACAGAGCAUGAAGCCACCAGGAGGAUCAAGACUGAGUUCUUAGUGCAGUUUGAUGGAGCAGCUACUGGUGAAGAAGACCGUUUACUUAUAGUGGGCGCCACCAAUCGUCCGCAGGAAUUAGACGAGGCCGCGCGCAGGCGACUCGUCAAAAGACUGUAUAUACCACUACCUGAUGCCGACGCUCGCAAGCAGAUAAUAACGAAUCUAUUAGCGAACGAAACCAAUGACCUCACAGCACAGCACAUAUCCGAAAUAGCGAACUUGACGGAGGGGUACUCCGGUGCGGACAUGAAGUCACUCUGUUCCGAAGCAGCUAUGGGGCCCAUUCGCUCUGUACCAUUAUCCCAAAUCGUCAGCAUUGAUAGGAAUAAGUACAAAAUGGAUAAAGAUAAUCGUGUAGUUGUGCUCAUUGACAUGGACUGUUUUUAUUGCCAAGUUGAAGAAAAACUUAACCCGGAAUUGAGUGGAAAACCCAUCGCUGUAGUGCAGUAUAAUCCUUGGCAAGGCGGCGGAAUCAUAGCAGUAAACUAUGUAGCUAGAGCCCGCGGAGUCACUCGACACAUGAGAGGGAAGGAGGCCAAGGAAAAGUGCCCGGAUAUAGAAUUGCCGUCUGUACCCUGUCAGAGAGGCAAGGCUGACAUAUCCAAGUAUAGAGAUGCUGGUAAAGAAGUAGCAAGAGUACUGCAGAAGUUCACACCUCUUCUAGAGAGAGCUUCCAUUGAUGAAGCUUACCUAGACAUCACAGCUCCGGUGGAAGCGCGACUGAAUACUCUGAAUGUUAACUCGGUACACACUGACAUGAUGCCCAACACCUUUGCCCUUGGUUAUGAUAGUGUGGAUGAGUUCUUGGCUGAUGUCCACUCAUGUGGCUUUGAGAAUAUUGAGUUUGACUAUGAACAUGCCAAACGGUUGCUUGUAGGUGCAGUUAUUGUCAGCGAGAUUAGAUCUGCCGUUUACGAAGAAACAGGUUAUAGAUGCUCAGCAGGCAUAGCUCACAAUAAAAUUCUAGCGAAACUAGUAUGUGGAAUGAACAAACCUAAUAAACAGACUAUUCUCCCUAAACAUUCUAUUAAUUUAUUGUACAGCACAUUGCCAUUGAAGAAAGUGAAACAUCUUGGAGGAAAGUUUGGCUACACAGUCUGUGAAGUAUUGAAAAUAAGCAAAAUGGGAGAGCUACAAAAGUUCACAGAAAAGCAAUUGCAAUCAAAGUUUGAUGAGAAAAAUGGGACAUGGCUAUACAAUAUUGCGCGAGGAAUAGAUUUGGAACCAGUUCAAGCUAAAUUCAACCCUAAAAGUAUAGGAUGCUGCAAAAAUUUCAAAGGAAAGGCGGCUCUCCUUAAGUUGGAGACCUUGCAGAGGUGGCUCAAAGACCUGGGCGACGAAAUAGAAGACAGAUUAGAGCAGGAUGCAAUAGAAAAUAAUAGAACACCAAAACAAAUGGUUGUCAGUUACUCUGUGCAGGUAUCAGACAAAGAUAUAAGUAGUUCCCGAUCAUAUAAUUUUACCCCUGAAGAUGAACUGUGUGGUGAACUAUUUUCAAGCAAAGCUUUAGAACUUCUUCUGGAAAGUUCUGAAGGAAUCAAGAGUAAAGAUUGCACCAGUAACAUGAGGUUAAAAGCUCCAAUAAAAUUCUUAGGUAUCAGUGUUGGAAAGUUUGAAGACAAUACAGAAAUAAAGAAAACUAAGAAAAUAUUAGAUUAUUUUGCAGCUGGAACAUCUAAUGUUAGUGUAAAACCUAAAGAUUGCACACAACAAGAAAAGACAAUAAAUGACACCAAUGAUAAAAUUAAAUCAGACUCUAAGAACAUUGGCAAAGACUACAUAAUGCAAAAAUUUUUACAUGCAUCACAAAAACCUCAAGUAUGUGAAAGUACACAGAAAGAGAAUGUUGAAAAAGUCAAUCAAACUAAUAAGCCAGUUCUAGAGUCCAGCCUAGACAAGCAAGAGUCUUUUUUUGCUAAAAUAUUGAACCAAAACAAACAACCUAACAUUAGCCGAGUGCAACAAUCAGAAGUAGAUCUUCAGAAAAACGACCAACGACGCCAGUCUGCGAUGUAGUCGCGUGUGGGGAAAAUAGCAAUGACUCGAAUUAUUCAGGUUCAACAAUUAACGAGGAAAUAAACAAUAGUGUGGCUUUGUUUGAAGAGGACCCUACGAAAGUGGCUCGUGUUAAAAGUAUUAGGGAGCUGUUGUCUAGCUCGCGAAU